AUGUCCCGAUAGGAUACUGAAACAAUGUGUUAUUGUGUCAAUCGUCUUAAUUACUCACAACAUGGUUGUGCAAAAAGGAGGACGUAUUUAAUAUCACUAUCAUGACUUAAAAAAGCUUGAAGUUGACGUUUGGACCCCACGUUAAGAAACUAGCCUUUGGUCAUGGCACUGACUGGAGUGAGAGUUAUCGAGCUGGCGGGUCUGGCCCCUGCUCCAUUCUGUGGCAUGAUCCUGGCAGAUUUUGGAGCCAAGGUGAUCCGCGUGGAUCGCACUAAGACGCUGACGAAUUUGGACACCCUGGCACGGGGGAAGCUGUCUGUGGCCAUCAACUUGAAAACAUCAGAGGGAAUCUCCCUUCUCAAAAACCUCUGCGUCCAGUCGGAUGUGGUGCUUGAGCCCUAUCGGAAAGGCGUCAUGGAGAAGCUGGGGCUGGGUCCACACGAGCUGCUGAAACAAAAUCCUCGUCUGAUUUAUGCCAGAUUGACCGGCUACGGCCAGAGCGGCUGCUUUGCCUCAGCGGCAGGACAUGACAUCAACUAUGUUGCAAUGUCAGGCCUUUUAUCUCGACUGGGUCGCAGUGGAGACAAGCCCUAUGCUCCGCUAAAUCUUUUAGCAGACUUUGCUGGUGGUGGCCUCACCUGCGCGCUGGGGAUAGUCUUAGCGCUGUUUGAACGGACAAAGUCAGGGAAAGGACAGAUCAUUGAUGCCAGCAUGGUCGAAGGAGCUGCCUACACAGGCUCAUUUGUAUGGAAAUCCCAUAGUAUUGGUUUAUGGGAACGUGACAGAGGGCAGAAUAUGUUGGACAGCGGAGCUCCAUUCUACGAUACUUACAGAACUUUGGAUGGGAAGUACAUCGCUGUAGGUGCCUUGGAACCCCAGUUCUAUGACCAGCUUCUUAAAGGCUUGGAGUUGGAAGAUGAAGAAUUGCCUCCCCAGAUGAGCGUUGGUGACUGGCCAGAGCUCAGGCGGGUUUUUACAGAGCGUUUUGCCUCAAAGACCCAGGCGGAAUGGUCAAGGAUUUUUGACAAGAUUGAUGCUUGUGUCACGCCUGUGUUGUCUUUCGACGAGGUCAGCUCUCACCCCCACAACCAGGAAAGGGGUUCUUUCAUGAAGGACUCCGAGGGAGCAGAGUGCCCUCGGCCAGCUCCGGUUCUGUCCCGGACUCCUGCUGAACCCAGCUUGACUUCCAACCCCGGCGUUGGAGAACACACUGUUAAGGUCUUGGAGGAGUACAACUUUACAUCGGCAGAGAUAAACAAGCUGUUGGCUGCAGGGGUUAUAGAGUGCAAUCCUGGCAAAGCAAAACUCUAGAAAAUAAUGAAAGUGGGAGAAAUCAUUAAAUGUUUUCUAAUGAAACAUCUGAAUUGGAAAGUAUUUUCAUUAACACAAACUUUUGUGCAGAUUUAAAUCAUGUUUUGGGAAGCAAAGAAGUUUAGUUCUUGCUUUGACAGAUAUUCCCAAUCAAACGAAAAUGGUCUGCAUUCUCAGAAGUACAGAGUUAGAUUUUGGGCUCAUCAGUUGGCUGAACAGCUUUUAUGCUAUAGUUUUGACCAAAUAAUAAAAAAGAAUCCUUGAUGACUUUAGUUCCAAAAAAAGUCUUUUGAAGUGCAAAACUAACUGAACAGCUCUGGCGGGUGCAGAUCACUCGGAACAGCUUGAAAACUCUCCAAGCAGUACCCGCACAUUUAAAGAGACUUUUUUUUUCCUGUCCUGUUUUUAAUCAAAGCCUAAAUGUCCUUUAAUGUAAUGCCUAAUGUUUGCUGGAUCUUCCUCUUUUGUGCUCAGCCAUAGCUUUGUUAUGGAUCCAUUGUCCAGCAACAAAUCCUUCAGAGUCAAGAGACUUGCUUGUGCAAAUAGAAAUUAUUAUAAUAACAAAAGAACCAUUCACUUUAUAAAGUCAGUCCCUGAAGACGUUUAGAAGAAAUAAUUACGCAGCAGCAUCAACGUUUGGUAAAUCUUGAAAAUAUUUGCACUUAAGAUGAAAUAUUUUAACAUCAGUUUAUUAAUCUGAGUUACAUGUUUUAGUUUGGUGUUAAAAUUGAAUGAUAAUGCUGUAAAAUUCUUAAAACAAAGUUUACUUAAUUGUUUUACUUAAAUUCUUUGCUCAAGAAUAAAUGUUUUUGUUCUUGAGCAUCAUUUCCAGUUAUAAUCACUCAUUAAUGUGAAAUUAGUUUUAUGGCUUUACCACUAUUGCUGUAUCAAUUGCCAAAUAAAUUAUGUAAAUAUUUGUAAAAGACAUGGGGACUUAGUUGCAUUAAAACUCAGAUCUUCAGUUUGUAUC